GUUCCACGGACUCCGCACAACGCCAUGUGGUUGGCUGGUAAACAAAACACUGACAGGUUAAAAGGUAACCUUUGUCAAAUUUGCCUUCAGUUGAGUUGUCAGUUCAGACCCAACGUUCUUUAUUCUGGUACAUUCUGAUCGUUAUCAGACACUAGUCUGUUGGGCUAUAAAAAAUACAAGCGGGAAUAUGAACGCAAUGAUUUGUCAACUCCAAGACCUACCGCCUUACAUGGAGUCCGAAAACAGGAGUUUCGAACCGUGGCGUGACUACCUGAAGUUAGCUGACCUAGUGCGGGAGAUGCAGUUAGGCAGGUUCACCCCAGAACCGUCAACCGUUGAGGGUCAUGACUCCGGGAUAUGGUCGACCAUGGUGGAAUUUGAAGAGUUUCCGCCGCGAGCCUUGCUGUUACCGAUAACACCCGUGGCGACACCACCCCUAUGGCACGAAAUGGAACCCCUGGAUUCCGAAAUCGUCCUCUUGUUUGAAGACGCUCCUUUAUCGCCGAGCAGCACCGAGGGUCCCGAGCCCCCUACAGCACCGUCCAGAUCCCCCGCUGGCACCUGGGACCAGAGUGGGAGAAACACGCCGGAGGAGGUGCGGUCACCCCAGCGCACCUGGGACCAGAGUGGGAGAAACACGCCGGAGGAGGUGCCAUCACCCCAGCGCACCUGGGACCAGAGUGGGAGAAACACGCCGGAGGAGGUGCCGUCACCCCAGCGCACCUGGGACCAGAGUGGGAGAAACACGCCGGAGGAGGUGCGGUCACCCCAGCGCACCUGGGACCAGAGUGGGAGAAACACGCCGGAGGAGGUGCCGUCACCCCAGCGCACCUGGGACCAGAGUGGGAGAAACACGCCGGAGGAGGUGCCGUCACCCCAGCGCACCUGGGACCAGAGUGGGAGAAACACGCCGGAGGAGGUGCCGUCACCCCAGCGCACCUGGGACCAGAGUGGGAGAAACACGCCGGAGGAGGUGCCGUCACCCCAGCGCACCUGGGACCAGAGUGGGAGAAACACGCCGGAGGAGGUGCCGUCACCCCAGCGCACCUGGGACCAGAGUGGGAGAAACACGCCGGAGGAGGUGCCGUCACCCCAGCGCACCUGGGACCAGAGUGGGAGAAACACGCCGGAGGAGGUGCCGUCACCCCAGCGCACCUGGGACCAGAGUGGGAGAAACACGCCGGAGGAGGUGCCGUCACCCGAGCGCAAGUUCUGCAGCUUCUGCAAAUACAACGGGCAGCCUGAGUCGGUGUUUCUGUCCCACAGCAUCAAGAACCAGGAUGGGGACAUGAUGUGCCGGUACCUGCAGCUAAGUCUUUGCCCUCUCUGCGGGGUCACCGGGGCCCAAGCCGCCACCAAGCACCAUUGUCCACCAUUGGUUACGGACUCCGGAGAGGCGAGGUUCGAGAGCCAUGCGUCCUCCGAAACAUUCCCCGCCAACCUCUCCUUCACCCCCAUUCCCUCCACCCAUCCCUCCAACACCGCAACCAUGGCAUCGUUUAGUUAUCAACUCCAACACCGACCGAAAAUGGAAUCCGAAAAUAAGAGUUUCCAACUGUGGCGGGACUACAUGAAGCUAGCGGACGCAGUGCGGGAGAUGAAGUUAGGGAACUUCACAUCAGAACCGUCAACCGUUGACGGUCAUCACUCCAGUAUAUGCUCGACCAUGGUGGAAUUUGAACAGUUCCCGUCGCGAGCCUUGCUGUCACCGAUAGCACCGGUGGCGACACCACCUCUACGGCACGAAAAGGAAUCCCUGGAUUCCAAAAUUGUCCCCUUGCGUAAAGACGCUCCUUUACAUCCGAGCAGCAGCGAGGGGCCCACGACUCCUACUGCAGCGUCCAGACCCUCCGUGGGGACCCGGGUCCAGAGGGAGAGAAAGAGGGCGACCCGCUCCAAGAUGCCGGAGGGAGCGCCAUCACCUGAGCGCCAGUCCUGCAGCUUCUGCAAACACAACGGGGAGUCUGAGUCUGUGUUUGGGUCCCACAGUCUAAAGGACCAGGAUGGGGGCGUGGUGUGCCCGUACCUGCGACAGUAUGUCUGUCCUCUCUGCGGGGCCACCGGGGCUCAAGCCCACACCAAGCGCUUCUGUCCCCGGGUGGAAACCACCUACAACUCGGUCUAUGUCAAGUGAUAGAAGCGCUAACUCUGGUCCAGGCCGUUACUGCGCUACCCUCUAGACCUACUAACAUAGUCAACUUGUUGUUGCGGGAUGGGUGGGACCAGAGCUAGAGAAGCGCUGGAGAGACUUCAUUCAGGCUGUUGUUUUGCAGACUUUAUUUAGCGUCUCUCGCGCACUGAAUGCGGACACUUGUAAGACAUUUAGGUGUGAAUAUUUAGCUUAAAAGUCGUUUGGAAAAGCCUGACUAGUUUGUAGACUGUGUAAUAGCCCGUUUAUCGUGUGAUUUGAUUUAUUUAUUUACUUUUUCUCGUGUGUUUUCAACUUUUUUCACUUAUUUCAAUGUAUUUAUGACGUGUGGUUUUUCAUUAUUUGCGUGCCCGUGCACUUGUUCUUUAGAACACAUUUUGGUUUUGAGUUUUCUGUUUUAACUUUAAAGUGUAAAUGUCUCUUUCUGUCUGUGACCAAACUAACUGCGUCUUUACAUGUUGGUGUGAGAUUUUGUAAAACCUCCCAACCUCUAAUACUGUGUCGACGAAUAAACCGCCCUUAUCAACAAACUCUCACUGCAGAAUUAGACGUAUGUCCACGUUUCUCCCUGCUACUUUGGGGAGGGAAAAAAACCUGGAUUCCAAAAUUGUCCCCUUGCGUAAAGACGCUCCUUUACAUCCGACCAGCAGCAAGGGUCCCAAGACCCCUACAGCAGCCUCCAGACCCUCCGUGGGGACCCGGGUCCAGAGGGAGAGAAAGAAGACGACCCGCUCCAAGAUGCCGGAGGGAGCGCCAGUCCUGCAGCUUCUGCAAACACAACGGGCAAAACUCAACGUUUCUCCCUGCUACUUUGGGGAGGAAAAAACGGAAGGGUUGUCUUGUUUUGAGACUUGUUUUUCUGACUAUUAUUUUAAAACUAUAUGAUCUAAUCUAACUGUACAUCUGCAGGUCUACAGGCCUAAAAUAACUAUUAUAAGAACAAUUGCUAUUGACAUCGAGACAACUUCUGUUUUAUGACGUGGUGUACAGAGCUACUUUUGUAAUUUGCCAUGCUAGCUACUAUUUUAGUGUUAUACUUGUUUUUUUAAAGAUCUAGAAGUGUGGUUUGUUGUUUUUUGUUUGUUUUACUUUUCAACGUGUAUGCUACUUAGAUUAGAGAAGAAGGCCAAACAAAUGAUUGAUUCAUCCAAAUCAUAGACUGUCCUCUCUGCGGGGCCACCGGGGCUCAAGCGCUUCUGUCCCCGGGUGGAAAUCACCUUCAACUCGGUCUAUGUCAAGUGAUAGAAGCGCUAACUCUGGUCCAGGCCGUUACUGCGCUACCCUCUCGACCUACUAACAUAGUCAACUUGUUGUUGCGGGAUGGAUGGGACCAGAGCUAGAGAAGCGCUGGAGAGACUUCAGGCUGUUGUUUUGCAGACUUUCUUUGGCGUCUCUAGCGCACUGAAUGCGGACACUUGUAAGACGAUUUAGGUGUGAAUAUUUAGCUUAAAAGUCGUUUGGAAAAGCCUGACAAGUUUGUAGACUGUGUAAUAGCCUGUUUAUCGUGUGAUUUGUUUUACUUAAAUUUUUCUCGUGUGGUUAAAUUUUUUUCUCUCACUUAUUUCUAUGUAUUUAUGAGUGUGGUUUUUCAUUAUUUGCAUACCCGUUCAGUUGUUCUUUACAACACAUUUUGGGUUUGAGUUUUCUGUUUUUACUUUAAAGUGUAAAUGUCUCUGUCUGUGACCAAACUAACUGCGUCUUUACAUGUUGCUGUGAGAUUUUGUAAAACCUCCCAACCUCUAAUACCGUGUCUACGAAUAAACCCCUUAUCAACAAACUCUCACUGCAGAAUUCGACGUUUAUCCACGUUUCUCCCUGCUACUUUUGGGAGGAAAAAACGGACGUGUUGUCUUGUUUUGAGAAUUGUUUUCCUGACUUUAAAACUAU